GAGCGAGUGAGGAACUGCCACGACGGCGCUGUUUGUCGGGAACGAACACUUGAUAUUGUUGGCAGGCCAGGUGAUACGGUAUACAGGGACCGCCAUGAGCAUCGUUGAUGAUGUCUUGGAAUGGCUGCGUACAACGGUUUUGCCUUAUCGAUCACCUGCUCUGAAGAACAUGCGUCGAGGGCCCAAUAUGAGUCCAACAGGGCCAAAUCCACUCAUGCUGCAAUUCUUUACCUGGGAUAGUAAACAUCCCAACAUGAGCUGGUGGAAGCACUUCGAGAACGAAACCGGGAGUCUUUCUGAGCUGGGUUUCACCCAAGUCUGGCUACCUCCUCCUAACAAAGCAAUGGUUCCCCAAGGACAAGGCUAUGACGCGUAUGACUUGUGGGAUCUAGGCGAGUUCAACCAGAAGGGAACUAUUGCGACCCGCUGGGGAACCAAGGAAGAACUGGUGCAGGCGGCAGCGGCAGCACGAGCGCACGGAAUCGAUAUCAUCAUCGACGCUGUAUUAAACCACAAGCUUGGUGGGGACAGAACUGAGGUUUUCCAAGCUAUUCCCGUCGAUCCCCACCACAGAUUACGUGAUAUAGGUCCUCCUCAAGAAGUCGAGGGAUGGACUGCCUUCGACUUCCCGGGAAGAUCUGCAAAGUACAGCGAGAUGAAAUGGAGAGAAGAGCACUUCUCCGGAUUAGACUGGGACCACGGAACCAAAACCAAGGGCGUAUUCCGCAUUGUCGGUGGAAAACACAAGGGUUGGUCCAAAUGGGUAGACAGGGAGUUGGGAAACUAUGAUUACUUACUUGGAAUCGAUAUUGAUCAUCGGCAUCCAGAGGUGCGGAAAGACCUGUUAGCGUGGGGCGCAUGGGUUCUCCAGACUACGGGUGCGAUGGGGUUCCGAUUGGAUGCGAUCAAGCACAUGGAUCGAAGGUUCCUUCUCGACUUUAUCAAACACGCUCGAAAGGUGGAUGGUAGGCAGGAUCUGUUCGCAGUGGUGGAAUACUGGUCGGCGAAUGUCGAACUCAUCAAGCCGUACAUACGGGCCUUUGAAGGUCUAACGACGUUCUUUGACGUCCCACUGCAUCAUAAUUUCCACGAGGCUAGCAAAGCAGGGUCUCAGUAUGACCUACGGACAAUUUUGGAUAAGUCUGUGCUCAAGUUCCGACCAGGUGAUGCGGUCACCUUUGUUGAUAACCAUGAUACGCAAAUCGGACAAACUUUGGAAAGCUGGGUCGGAAAUAACUUUAAACUCCAAGCGUAUGCCUUGAUCCUUCUUCGUCAGGAAGGACAUCCUUGUGUCUUUUACGGUGACCUCUAUCCGAACAAGGAAUGCUACGAUGAGAAGAUAGCUGCGGGGCUCAAACAGCUGAUUCUGGCACGGAAGAACUUCGCUUACGGCACUCAAAGAGACUACUUCCUAGAGAAGAAUUAUAUCGGCUUCGUGCGAGAAGGUAGCGACCAUUCUAAUGGACGUGGAUGCGCGGUUGUAAUAAGCAUUGACGAUGACGCAACAGGGGAUGAUCCUGUGUAUACGCUUCGCAUGAACGUCGGAAAGGCGAAUGGAGGCAAAAGGUACCGAGCUUGGCUUGAUCCUGAUUCUUCACAAGAGGUGGAGACGGCCGCCGAUGGAUGGGGACUUUUCACAUGUCCUCAAGGAGGGUUGGAAGUAUGGAUCCAAGUUUAGAGCCGUAUUUCGCAGUGUAUGCCCCAGAGUGUUCAUGCUUCAUUUCAUUUUAGCUUUUACAGUUACUUACAUCACGUAUUAAUUCAAUUUGUCAUGC